AUGAACUGCGGUUGGAUACUUUUAUGCGCAUUUUGUAUCUGGUCCUCAGUCGAGGGAACAUAUCAACAUUAUGCUCGUUGUCGGUGUAAUGGUAAGGCACGUUAUUGCACAUUGGACUAUCUGGGACCACGCUGUGUGAACUGCGAGGACAACUCAGAAGGCAGAAACUGUGAGAGGUGCAAGGACGGCUUUUACCACCAGAGGGCAGAAGAACGCUGUCUGCCAUGUCAUUGCAACACUGCAGGUUCUGAGGGUUCAGGGUGUGACAGUCAAGGACGAUGUGUUUGCAAGCAGGGGAUACUGGGAGACAAAUGUGAUCGCUGUCCCAAUGGAUCUCCAGUCACUCCAGGAGGCUGUGAGCCAAAGAGCGAGGAAUGUCUACCCUGUUUUUGCAAUGGUCACUCCUCUGAGUGCUCCUCAGCAGAAGGAUACUCUGUUCACACCAUCACCUCAUCCUUUGAACGAGGGCCUGAGGGGUGGAGGGUAGCUACAGUCGAAGGUGUGGAUCUGUCCAAAGUGCACUUCCGCUGGUCCCCAAAGCACCGUGACGUUGAGGUCAUCUCCUCUGAUAUCCGUCCUGUUUAUCUGUAUGCACCAUCCUCGUUCCUGGGAAACCAGGCUCUCAGCUACGGUCAGAAUUUGGCCUUCUCUCUCCGGCUGGAUCGCGGAGUUCGUCGUCCCUCCACGUCGGACGUGGUGUUGGAAGGAGCCGGCCUGAGCGUGUCCGCCUCUCUGGGUGAUCUGAGGACAGUGGUGCCCUGUGGCCAAAAAAUUAACUACGCAUUCAGACUGGAUGAGCAGCCAGGCAGUAAAUGGAAGCCUCAGCUCUCAUCUCUGGAGUUUCAGAAACUUCUGAGCAACCUUACUGCCAUCAAGAUCAGGGGGACAUUCGGAGAGAACGGGCGUGGUUAUCUUGACAAUGUUAGUCUGGUGUCAGCACGGCAGGGAGCUGGCACCCGUGCUGGUUGGGUGGAAAAGUGCACUUGCCCGGCUGGUUAUGAAGGACAGUUUUGCGAACGGUGUGCAAAUGGUUAUAAGAGACGUUUCCCCGGAAAUGGCCCUCUUAGCCCCUGUGAACCUUGUAAUUGUCAGGAUGGAAGCUGUGAUCCUGAAACAGGAAAGUGUAACUCAGAUGAUCAGACGCCUAGCGACCAGGCCUGCCCACCAGGUCAGUAUACCAAUCCUCAGCUGCCCGGCUCCUGUCUGAUGUGCCCCUGUCCCUAUGGCACCACAUGCUCCAUCAGCCAAGAGACUUCAGAAGUGAGGUGCAACAGCUGCCCUCGCGGAUCAACAGGCUCUCGCUGUCAGUAUUGUGAGGACGGUUUCUAUGGAAAUCCCUUGGGAGAAAAUGGCCCUCAGCUGCCAUGCCAACCGUGCCAGUGUAAUGGUCACGUGGACCCAAACGCAGUGGGCAUCUGUGACCGAGUGACGGGCGAAUGUCUGAAAUGUCUCAACAACACCACCGGUUUCUACUGUGAGAACUGCCUGGAGGGCUUUCAUCACAGUCGGCCCACGCAAGCGUGCAAGGCAUGUAGCUGUAACCCAGUGGGAUCAUUGCGGAUGUCGUGCAGCGAUGAGGGUCAGUGUCCCUGUAGAGAGGGCUUUGAGGGACAAAAGUGUGAAAGGUCUACAUGUCCAGCCUGCUUCAACCCUGUCAAGACCCAGAUGGAGAGUUACACUCGUAAACUGAGGGAGAUUGAGAUUCUGGUUGGGAAUGUGGCGUCUGACAAUGGCCGAGGAGAUAGUGAUGAGAUGAAGAAAACAAUCAAAGCAAUGAAUGCAACAGUGGCCGCCCUGAAGAACAGAGCAGACACGCUCGCAGGAUCAGAGAAAAGCCUGAUGAAAAGAAUGGAAGAGAUUAGCCAAUCCCUGCGCAGAGAAGGCACAGGAUUACAGACUGUUAGGAGAACAGUGGAUGGCAUGAAAGAGCUGGAACAGCAGUACAAAAACGAGGUCAAAGACAUCGAGAGGCUGCUUGACAACAUUGAGAAAAAACUGCUAAAAGCCCAAAGAGAAAUGCGUAUGACGGAAUUUCCCCAAGCCGAUGAACCAGUGAGAGCAAGCUCCCUGUCCGGUUUGGUUCAGAAAGCUACAGAUCUGGCUGAUGAACACCAGAGUGAGGCAAAAGCUGUGAAAAACACUGCUAACAGUGCUCUGGCACUGGCUGAGGAAGCUCUGCUCAAGGUGGACUCCAUCGUUAAUGGGGAAAACAAAAUUAAAGAGAGACUGAACGACCUGAAAAGACAAUAUGAAGCAGACAUUGCCCAGGUGAAGGCCACGGACAAACAGGCCACUCGCGUGAGCUCUGCGGCCGACCGGGAGAGCAGGUCGGCGGAGAACGCUCUGAAACAGCUGGCUAACCUGGAGCUUAACCUUCCACAGCCUCUCCAGGACGACAUAGACAGAGUGUGGACCGGUUUUGAUGCGCUGAAGAACAUGGCAAAUGGCAACAUAUCAGUGUAUCAGGACCUACAGAAGGAGGUGCUGGCUGACCAAAGGGAACUGGAGGACCAGUUGAAGAAGGCAAAGCUUGCUGAAAAUGUAUACGCUGAGCAGCUUGAGAGGGCAAAUGUCGCCAAGGUAAAGGCAGAUGAUGCCUUGAGAGACAUAAACAACAAUCUGAAUGGUGUGGAGGAUGCCCUCAGUAAACUCAGAGAUUUUGAUAACGAGUUCAGUGGGAAGAAAGCACUUGCAGAUGAUGCCAUCAGUAGACUGCCUGGCAUCAAUGCUACCAUCCAACAGGCGAACCGUGACAACGAUCAGACUCAGUCCGUCCUUGACAGCUUGAGUGAUCACUACAGUGAGGCUUCUGAUGCCCUUGGUAAACUGGGAGGCACAGUGACCAGAUUGGAGGAGUUGUCCGCUUCCUUGCCGCCUGCCACCGAGCUUUUGGGAGAUGCCAUUAAGCUUAAACGAGACCUGGACAUGCUGAAGACUGCGUCACAAGACACCAAGGACAGAUUGGACGCGAAGGUGAAAGACGCAGAAGACCAGAAAGCUGACGCAACCAAGGCUUUAGAGGCCUCUACCAAAGCCCAGUCCGAUGCAGAUUCUGCGAGAGAUGCUGUAGGAAACACGCUGAAGGUCGUCAACGACCUUCUGGGCUCAUUAGGAUCUCCGGGCACAGUUGAUGAGGCGAAGGUCGCCGAACUGGAAAACGCCAUAAAAGAUGCCCGAAGUCGUGUGGACCAGGAGCUGCGGCCACGUCUGAAGACGCUGGAGGACAAGGAGGCCGAGCAGAGGGCCUUAAUUUCAGCUGUGAUGAGAGACAUUGACACCAUCCUGGCUGACCUCAAAAAUCUGGAGCAUAUCGAAUCCGAAAUCCCUAAAGGCUGUUAUAAUACUUCACCAAUAGAGAGGCCUUAA